CGCUUCUGCACUGCCGUGUGCGUGUCGGAUCUUACUGCCUGGCGCAUGUUGCAGCUCCAAAUUCCUAUUUACGAUAUAUUGCUACGGUAUCCCGUACAUAGCUCCCUUCGUCGCAGCCUCGCCAUUCAACGUCCUGAUGUAGUCUGGCUCCUGACCCGCAAUGUUCACCGUAUCCACCAUCAAGUCCGAGGACACGAGUCCGAAGUCUGCCGAAAACACACAAGACCCAGAGGGCUUCCUGAGGCGAUGUUCGGGGUACAACAAAGGGUCCUUUACUCGGUGUAAACAACCCUUCAGUCGACGCCAAACCCAAAUCUUCGAGAAGUCAGCCCUCAAAUACCUUCCGACCUGCUCCAACCAUACCGAUCAGCAAGUCUUCGCUGGCAGAUGCAAGCAUAUGCUGCCAGAUGGUGUCCCAUGCGGUCGGCUGUUCAGAUGGACUCCGCCCUACCUUGAGCUCUGUUCGGACCAUGCCUCAUGCCCCGAUAUCAAUAUGCCCUGUUACUUUCUAAGGCUUCCGACGGAAUUGAGGCUGAUGGUAUUUCGCUACCUCCUUCCAGACGAGCCUAUCGGAAAUUCACCCCCGCCCCUCCCCUUCCGCGGUGUACGAUCCAAUUCAUAUAUGCCCAUGUUGAAUCUGUUCCUCGUAAACCGAGAAAUAUAUAGAGACGUAAAGGGCCUGGUCUUUUCCACCGCGCCAUUCGCCAUUGACAUUCGGAAUGGACUGUAUAUGUGCGGCCUCCAACUACUACAGCCAACAAACCCAGACGGCUCACCGCAUCUUCAAGUCGCAGACAAGCACGGAGAGUCACACAAGUUUCGAUUCAUCAAUCGCUUUGACUUCCAGGCCGUUAAGAAUUACAAAUUAGACAUUCUGGUCGAGAAUAUGCCGCCCCAUAUACUGAGACUCCAUGGACCGGGCUGGUGGGACGAAGAAGUGGAAUUGUACGAUGUACGAGAUUACGUCGCUGUGGCGGUUUCGGGAAUCCUCGGCAAAGCAGAACAUCUCUCGCGGCUGGAGAUUCGCAUAUGCUUCUGUGACUUUGACUGGACUCAAGACAAGCUGCUCACAAACGCGAGGUGUGUCUUGGGGCCGCUCCAAAGGUUAAGGAACGUCCUUAAACCGACCCUCCAUGGCAUCUACGCCCUGUCCGGUUUCUCCACCCCCAGUUCGCGUUUCGUAGCUCAACAACACCUCCUGUCAUUGCACGAUUGCGCCUUCAGCAAGUCUCGGAUGCUGGUAGGGCCAGGUAAUAAAGCUUUUGACGAAUACAAAGCUAUGUUGGAAACCGCGCUCGCACAAAAGGCGAACACCUCCGUGAUCGAGAAAUCUCGCAUCCAUGCGAUGUUCAUUGGGCUGAAAGACUUCUAUGCCCAGUUCCUGAAAAUGGCCCCUUCGGAGGUGGGCCUGCCACGUCAAGGAAAAGAGAGCUUUAUCCAUCGUGCUCGGGUGGCUCGCGAAAUGGAGGACUUGGAAACGUUUCGGUUGUUGCAGAAUGAACUCGUACAGGCCUGGUUGGACUAUCUGGAAAGAUGGGCGAGGCAAAAGCAAUCCCUAAGCCAGAGCCUCGCAAGAAUGUUGGCAAUGGACACAUACCCCAUGCCAGACAGCCGCGGCACGGUGAAUGCAGCACCCUCCCCUUCUGUUCCCACGCCUGACUCCAGGAACAAACGCUCCUCCAAUGGGCAAAGCCAGGGAACAGCCCCGUUCAUUCCGAUGCAGAGCCAUCAGGUCAUCCAGAGGAUUCGCGCAGUGAUUGCCAGUCGGAACUCACAGAGGUUGGCACAGGGGGGUUAUCUAAGGGCGGGAGAUAACCCAGCCGAUCCGAUAGACGCAGAUAAAGUCGCAGCUUUCAAUCGCCUUAUGGAUAGCGCGUCAAAGCACCUACAAGCGUAUGGUUCUUCAGGCAUAGAGAAUCAUCAGGCCAGCAGUUCGACUCAAGACGUGCCAGCGAUGCAGCCAGCCUUGUCGAAACGGGGCGGUCACAAUGGUAUACGAGAGGCUGCGCAUGACUUUACUAGUCCUGGUCCUGCUGGUGUAUCUGGCGGUGCUCUUCCCUCUUCAGGGGUGCCCGUACCGUUGCUCGCGGCGCCCAAUGCAACUGUGAUGUAUCAGGAUGCAUCAAUGGAGGAGGCUUUGCAAGAGCACCAACUGAGCGCUCCACGCGUCGAGUCUUUAUCUCGUGCGAGUUUCUGAGAACUAUCAAUCGAGGUUACAGACAAUAAGCUCUGA